UCCAAGUUGUUCGUACAUAGUUUUAUGUUGUGUCAGUUAAAUAAUAUGACUAAUAAAAUUUCAGUAAUUUUGUUUUUUUUCGUAUUGAUAUGGAAGGAAAAUGCCGUUGAAGGAAAUGUCAGUAAUUUUCCAACUAUUACAUUGGUACAAAACACAAAACCUUCAAUUCCAAAUCUGAUAACUUUUGGUAACAGUGUGUACUAUAUUGGACAUACUUUUCAGGGUUGCUGGUUGGAGGCAAUGCUACAUUGUAAAUCUCUUAACAUGGACCUCGUCAGUAUUGAAACACGGGAAGAAAAUGACUUUCUUUAUCAUAAGAUGAAGGAAUACUUUGGUAAUGGACCCGAAUAUUGGUUUUGGACUUCAGGAACCAAACUGCAGAACAGAUGGGUAUGGAUGGGUAAAGGACGUCCAGUCAACUACUACAACUGGUAUCCCCGUCAACCAGACAACGCAGGAAAUAAGGAAAACUGUAUAGAAGUGAGAUAUAACUGGCAAGCUGGUAUUCGCUGGAACGAUAGGAAUGAACAUGAUAGCGGCUUACAUGCACUUUGUGAAGCAGAAAUUCUUAAACCAGUUGCUGAAAUUGUUAAUAUAGGUUGCAAUAGUACUAAUUCGAUUCCUAUAUUGUAAUAUAUUAAUAAUAUAUGAUGACUUCAUUUUCAUCCUAGUAUGAUUAUCUUUCCAGACCAUAAACUUUACAAAUAGAUAUAAUAUAAUAUCUAUUGCCAAUAUGUUUAAAUUUUGGUAAAUCGUCAAUUA